AAUCUCCUCCUACUGUAUUUCCCGCUCCUUCCCCCCUUCAAAUCUCACCCAUCUUCUCUCUCCUCCUCUUCACUUCACUUUACUAUUUUCACAAGAAUUUGUGCACAAUUCACUCAAACUCACAAUCAAUCCUCAGAUUUUUUUAUUCAGAAAUGAAAUAGACAGAGAAGCUAAUUUUAGGGUUUUGAUUUUUUAUGUAUGAGUUGCGAUAAUGGACACACCUGAGCGGAGUCAGAUCGGAACACCAGUUUCUAAAUUUGAGGAGUCACCUUUUUCCAACUUCAUCAACAGUUUGUCACCGAUCAACCCUACGAAGACGAUACACGUAUCACAGACGUUUGGCUCGCUUAGUUUUACUUCACCUCCAUCGGUUUUCACUUCACCCCAUGUGAGCCUCCAGAAGGACAACAAGUUCUUAAGAAGGCAUCUAGUGUCAGAUCUCCUGAAAGCUCAGCUCCAGUCAGAUGGAGGAAACAAAGAUCCUAUUGCCGAAGAGGACACCAGUGCAGAGCAUCAGUCUGAUGGUCUUCCGGAUGUACAAGUUAGAGGUGAAGAGGGUUCUGGCAGUGAAGGUUCUGCCAAGCCACUUGAAGAUACUUCAGACUGUGCAACCGAGCUGCCAAGGGAACUAAAAUAUGACAGUGGAAGUCCUCGCUGUAAGGCAGUGACUUCCUCUAGUAGUGAUACAAGAUGUGAGACAAACACAUCAACAGCCCUUAUUCAAUUUGUUCAGGAGUCUUCAAUUCAAGGUUCCUUUCAGACAGAAUUGAAUUCGCAAGAGGUGAAAGACGGUAAUGAAGAGGAAGCAUGUGAUUGGCAGAGCUUGAUAUCUGGUAGUAGCGAUCUUUUCAUUUUUGAUUCACCUAAUGUUACAGAAACUUCAAAAGGGUCAUUGCAAAAAUCACAACAACAAGAAGAAACAAAUGUUUUCGCAUCUCUAUUAGCACGAUUUCCAACUGAGCAGGCUUAUCAUCUGCAAAAUUCACUUCAACUUGGUUCCACUGGUUGUAAUGAAGCACUUGAAACUGCUCAACAUUCAACUCAACCCACAGAGGAAACAGAGUUGCAACAAACAGACCAGCCAUCGGAGAAUUUGGAAAUUACCUCUGUCAAUGAAUUUUUUCCUACUGAUUCUGGUGAAAAACCAGGAAAGCAGCCUUUCAGUAAUUUACACCGGGGAUUGCGAAGGCGAUGCCUUACCUUUGAGAUGCCUAGAAUGAAGAGGAGUAUAGAUGGCGUUCUAUUCUCCAGCUCUUUAUCUUCUUUACAAAAUGAGGAUAAUCCUCCGUCCUCCAAUAGGCAGCCCAUCACGCCCAGGGUUGAGUCUUCAAGGUGCAUUUUUCCAGGUAUUGGUUUGCAUUUGAAUGCACUGGCAGCAGCUUCAAAGGAUAGUGGAAUCUCCAACACGGAGAUGCUUUCUCCAGCUUCCCAGGAACAUCUUAUAAACUCACUGGCCUGUUUAAGAAAUGAUGAAGGUCCUGCUGAAAAUGUAAUUGAAAAUGCAGAAGAUCCUUCUCAAACAUCAGUGUUUGCAGCUACUGAGGACUUAAAUUCAAAUAGUCCGAAGAAAAAGAGGCGCAAAUUUGAAACUACUGGAGAAGGCGAGUCAUGUAAACGCUGCAAUUGUAAAAAAUCAAAGUGCUUGAAGCUUUAUUGUGAAUGCUUCGCUGCUGGUGUUUACUGUGUUGAGCCAUGUUCCUGUCUAGACUGUUUUAACAAGCCCAUUCAUGAAGAUACUGUUCUUGCAACUCGUAAGCAGAUUGAAUCUCGUAACCCACUUGCAUUCGCUCCCAAAGUGAUCAGAACUUCAGAUUCAGCCCAAGAGAUCGGGGAAGAUACAACCCGAACUCCAGCAUCAGCUCGUCACAAGCGAGGAUGCAACUGCAAGAAAUCAAACUGUCUGAAAAAGUAUUGUGAAUGUUAUCAGGGUGGUGUUGGCUGCUCCAUCAAUUGCAGAUGUGAGGGGUGCAAAAAUGCAUUUGGUAGAAAGGACGGAUCCAGCAUGAUAGGAACAGAAGUUGAAAUGGACAAGUUACAGGCCUCGGAGAAAUCUAUAUUGGAUAGAAGCUUAGAUAUACAUGGAUUCCAGGAUGACGAUGACCAAAAUUCUGAAUUCGCCAUUCCAAUGACACCAUCAAGGCUUUACAGGACAUCAGUUCCAUUGGCAACUUCCUCAAAGGGAAAACCGCCAAGAUCUUCCCUAGGAACAAUUGGCUCAUCCUCCUCAGGUUUGCACUCAGUUGACGGACCAGGAAGAUCAACAUUUCUGCGAACACAAUCUAGGAUUGACAAGCAUUUUCAAAGUGUGUCAGUGGACGAAAUUCCUGCUGUUCUUCAAAACAGUAGUCCCCCAAGCAUUAGUUUAAAGAAGACUUUGUCUCCAAAAAGCAAGAGGAUCUCUCCUCCUCACCAUAACAACGGACAGCCCCUCGGAUUAAGGAGCAGCCGUAAAUUGAUCCUGCAAUCGAUCCCAUCGUUUCCUUCCCUCAGUCCAAGACGCUGAAUGUGCAGGUUGCCAUGGAAAUGUCCAAUAACACACCUAUAAUAUCUAUCUGGAGUUAUAAGUGUGAUAAUCAGUGUUAUAAUCCUUAUAACACACACCUAUCAUCUCUAUCUGGAGUUAUAAGUGUGAUAAUCACACACCUAUCAUCUCUUUAUUCACUACUUGUAUAAUAUUGCUGUAUUUUGGUACCUCAGUUCUUUCAUUUUUUGUUUGUUUGGUGAAAUCCCUUUCACCCCCCUUCAUAAUGUUUAAGUUCGUAAUAGGAUGUGAAUGUUUUAGAGUAUUUACUAUUUCGAUUGUUAUAGAAUUAAAUUUGUAUGUAAUAGCCCUACGGUAGUUUAGCCCAAGGGUAUUCUAGUGAAGUAUAAUACAUUUCAUGAA